GUCCGGCGCCGUCAACGGUUGGUCCGCCGGCACCCUGACUUCUCUCGACGCCGACCCGGAUAUAACGAUGGGAACCGCCGAGACUGCAUGGGUGGCGAGCAUCAUCUCCGUGGGGUCCCUCGCCGGCAGCGUGGUGGCAGGCAGGGUCAUGGACAAGCUAGGUCGCCGAACCACCCUGCUUGCGAUGGCGCCGGUGCUCCUCCUGGGGUGGCUGACGAUGGCUCUGGCUCCCAACAUCGCCGGGGUGCUGACGGGGAGGGCCAUCUGCGGCGUGGCGACGGCCUUCUUGUUCUCCACGGGGCCGGUAUACUGCAGCGAGAUUCCCGAGGCGCGGAUGCGCGGCCGCCUGGGCUCCGUGCCGUCCCUCUUCAUCACCUUCGGCGUCGUCCUGUCCUACCUGGCGGGCGCCUGCUUCUCGUGGCGCGUCAGCUGCUACGUCUGCUGCGUCCCCGUCGUCCUCAUGUUCGUGGCGAUGCUCUUCGCCCCGGAGACUCCCUACUGGUUGCUGCUGAAGGGGCGGAGGGAGGACGCGGAGAAGGUCCUCCGCCGGCUCAGGGGCCCCGAGUACAACUUCGACGUCGAGAUCGAGGAGAUGGAGAAGAAAAUGACGUCCGUCGGGAAGAAGAUGGAAUACCGUGAGCUGUGGCGGCCGCGCACACGCAGGCCGUUCCUCAUCUCGCUCUUCAUGAUGACUCUGCAGCAAGUGAGCGGAGGAAACGUGCUCAUGAUGUACACGGGGACCAUUUUCAUGUCCGCGGGCGUGGAGAACCAUAGCCUCGCCACCGUGUACACGGGCAUCGUCCAGAUCGUCUUCACCGUGCUGUGCGUGCUGCUCGUCGACCGCCUCGGACGGCGCCCCUUCAUCGUGCUCUCGACGAGCGUGAUGGGCCUCGCGACCAUCAUGCUCGGCGUCUACUACUUCAUGCAUGACGUCGUGGGGCUGCCGUGGCCGAGCUGGGUGCCGCUCGUGACGGUGCUGGUGGCCGUGUCCGGGUACUGCCUCGGCUGCCGCACCCUCCCCUGGCUCCUCUCGGCCGAGCUCUUCAACACCACCAUCAGGUCGACGGCCAACUCAGCCAGCCUCUUCUACAACCGCUUGCUCAACUUGGCUGUGAUACAGGUGUUCCCAUUCUUCGCCGAAGCGGCAGGUUCUCACACCGUUUUCUUCGUGCACGGCAGCCUGAGCCUGAUAUGUGCCGUCCUGUCCCUCCUGCUGGUGCCGGAGACCAAAGGAAAGAGUCUCGAGCAGAUUCAAGAGUACUUCGAGAGCCAGGCCGCCAAGAAAUCGGCUCACAAAGCAGAGAAAUCGAGUCCUAACGGCGAGGCGGCUGGAGCGGGCCAAGGGAACAAGGCUUUCCAGGACGUGUGACGGGAUUCAGGAACAUAUCCUGAGUGAAUGAGUGUGCGCAUGAGCGAGUGAGUGUAAGCAUGAGCGAAUGAACGUGAGCAUGAGCUACAUUGCGAGGGACAGGCGUGAGGGAAAACCAGUUCUCUGAGUUGAGUCGAAGGGCGAUCAGGAGUCUGGUUUCAACAUUCGGAAGAGGGUCUGUGACCCAUCAACACCCUUAGCAGGACAGCACUUCUUUAGUAUAAGUAGAAAUAUAUCUAUAUAUAACGAUUUAAGUGUAAUAUAAAAAGGUAAAAGCAA